UCCGACAGCGCCAAUUUCUUCAUCAUUCUGUCUUCCUUCUCGACACUCGGGAGCUAAGAAGUGAGAACUUAGAAGCCCAAUUCUUGUAAUCUACCGCAUCAAUCGUAAAUAUAAUUGAGGAAAGAAGGACGCAUUCUUAGAGAAUACGAGGAGUAGGGUCGAAGAAGAAAGAAGCAGAAAUUUUGGGAAUAGCGAAUGGGAAGGCCAAAAGGAGACGGAGCAAGAAGCAAGUCUCGUCCCUCUAGCAGCAGUCUUGCUGCGUCGCUAUUGCCCUCAGGUGCUGCAGCAGUAGGGUUCGGAGGCUAUGUGGGUAGCUCACGCGUCGAUUCUUCUUUCUCGGCUGAGGCUCCUACUGCUUCUUUGGAUAUAGAUGGUGAAGUGGCACAACAUUUGAAGAGACUUUCCAGGAAGGACCCCACCACUAAGCUUAAAGCAUUAACCUCAUUGUCUCAACUUCUCAAAGAAAAAUCUGCGAGUGAAGUUGCUCCUAUAAUUCCGCAAUGGGCAUUUGAGUACAAGAAGCUGUUGUUGGAUUACAACCGCGACGUUCGGCGAGCAACUCAUGAUACAAUGGCUUAUCUUGUUCGUGCAGUCGGAAGAGACUUAGCACCACAUCUCAAAUAUUUCUUGGGACCCUGGUGGUUUUCUCAAUUUGAUUCUGUUUAUGAAGUUUCUCUAGCUGCAAAAAGGUCAUUUCAGGCAGCGUUUCCAGCGCAGGAGAAAAAACUAGAUGCCUUAAUUUUGGGUACAUCUGAAAUUUUUAUGUAUAUAGAAGAAAAUCUGAAGCUCACACCCCAAAGUAUGUCUGAUAAAGUGACUGCCACCGAUGAAUUGGAAGAGAUGCACAAGCAGGUGAUCUCAUCUUCUUUACUUGCUUUGUCGGCUCUUCUUGAUGUUUUGGUAUGCCUACAAUCUGAAAGACCUGGUUUUGAAAACAUAAAAGCUGAACCAAAGAAUGCUUCAAAAGCUAGAGCUACUGCUAUAGCUUAUGCCGAAAAGUUGUUCUCUGCAAAUAAGUAUUUUAUAGACUUUCUGAAGUCUAAAAACCCUGGUGUACGGUCAGCUACAUAUUCCGCAAUGAGAAGCUUCAUCAAGAACAUUCCUCAUGCAAUUAAUGAAGAAAAUGUAAAAACUCUUGCUGUGGCAAUACUUGGUGCUUUCCAGGAAAAAGAUCCCACAUGUCAUUCUCCAAUGUGGGAGACAGUGUUGCUAUUUUCCAAAAAGUUUCCAGAAAGCUGGACAUUGUUGAAUGUUCAAAAUGUCAUUCUCAAUUGCUUCUGGCAUUUUCUUAAAAAUGGGUGCUUUGGCUCCCAACAAGUGUCAUAUCCCACUUUAAUUCUGUUUUUAGAUGCAGUACCUCCGAAGGCAAUAGUUGGAGAGAAUUUCUUUUUUGAUUUCUUUAAGAACCUGUGGGAGGGAAGAAGCUUGUCUCAUUCCUUAACUGCAGAUCAACAAGCAUUCUUUCUGGCAUUGAAAGAGUGUUUUCUUUGGGCCUUAAGAAAUGCUUCAAGGUAUUGUGAUACAUUAGAUGCUAUUCAGCAUCUGCAGUAUGCUCUUACUGACGAGGUCCUGUUGAAGCUUAUUUGGUGUGAGUACUCACAGUUUGUUAGCCCAAAAGACAAGAGCGCAAUGGUUCCUGGGGCUUCCCCUGUUUCAUCAGAGGAUACAAUUCAGACUUCCAAUAUGGAAAGAACAGAAAACCUGAAGAUGAAGUAUCCAGUUGGUUACAAGCAAGAUCUUGGGAAAUGCAUUGUUGAGAUUCUUUCUGGUGUGUAUUCUCUGGAAAACAAUCUGCUUUCAGUGUUCUGUUCUGUCUUUCAGAAUCACUGCAUCGAAAUAUUUCAGCAAAUUGAGAGUUCUGGAAAUGUUGAAGUAGUCAUUAGAUUUGUAUUAUUACUGGAUCAGCAUGUGGUGAAGAAAGGUGAAACAUGGCCUUUGGAUUAUUUGGUGGGGCCAACACUGGCAAAAUCUUUCCCAUUGAUUAAGGAGCUUGACCCACCAGAUGCUUUGAGAUUUAUGGCUGCUGUAGCCUAUGUAUUUGGACCUCACAAGAUAAUUCAAGAGCUUAUGGGCAUUGAAUUGGGAAAAGAGCAGUUUUUACAAGCUUUCAAUGAAAUAUUUAUUCCUUGGUGCUUGAAAGAUUGGAGUGUGUCUACCAGCGCCAAAUUGGAUUUUUUGCUUGCAUUAAUUGACAGUGAAUAUUUUUCAGAGCAGUGGAAUAGUAUUGUUACAUAUGCCAUAAAUCCAAAGGAUAGCACUUUGAGGACUUCGGAUUCCAAAAUACCUGUCCUGGCAGUGCUCAUGGAGAAGGCAAGGGAGAGACUUAGAAAGGCGAAUACUCUACAAGGUUCCCAACCAGAGGACUGGCAACACGAGUUUCUAGACAUUGCUGCACUAUCUGUUGUUAAUGCCAACCCUCCCUUUGGAACUUCUGAUGCCCGAUUUCUACGUGCUCUUAUUGGUGGGGAAACCAAAGAAGAAAGUUCCUUCAUCUCCAGAAAUACAUUAAGUCUGAUAUUCAAGGAAGUACUUAGAAAGCUGCUGACUUUCGUUGCAGAUUCAACUUUUGCAUGGGUCAAUUGUGUGUGCUCUCUGAUUCCUUGUGCAGGAAAAUUGUCAGAAGUUAGAUGGAGAUCUUCUAACCAUGUUCUUGAGGAAGCUAAUUUUGCUCUUGAAGUACUAACUGGUAGUUUCUUCUGCUUGAAGAAGUUAGAUUGUGAAAUUGAGAUGAUUGCUGGUAUACUGGGUGCUAUUUUUGUCAUUGAUUGGGAGUAUAAUAGCAUAAGAACUGUUAUCAGCAGUGAGCUUGAUGUUGAAUGCAUGGAGCAAGUGAAGAUGAGGAUGCCUUUCUGUGAAUCUGUGCAUGCUUUUCGCAGUAAUAUAAGCUGUCUGUUUUUAAGGAGCUUCUGCCUUGAGAUCCGCAAGAACUUGAGGAGCAUUUUGGUUCAUAUGGGAAGGUGGGCUGUACUUAAGGAAGAUAAGUUAGACAUUGACAAAAUAACCUCUCUAUCCUGCCUAUGGUUGCAUGAAGUCAUGGAAUGUCUAUGCUUAGACCAAUUUGAGGAACAAAUGUUGUUAGAUGAGUUUUUGGGCAGAAGUGAUUUCUGGCCAUUGUGGAUAAUGCCAAAUGCCAAUUCUCAAGAAAGAUCAGCUGUAUUGAACACUGAUUGCACUACUAUCGAUGAAUCUGGAAACCAGAAGUUUGUUAUUUUGAUUGACAAACUUAUAUCCAGAAUUGGAUUUCAUAGAGUUAUUGCUGGUGCUGUUGCUCACGAUUCUCCAACUGUGUCUGAGGAGCCUACUGUAAAUCUGACAACCUCAGAGGUUUCUUAUUCUCGUGCCUGGCUGGCUGCGGAAAUAUUAUGCACCUGGAAAUGGCCUGGUGGUAGUGCUUUUAGCUCAUUUUUGCCUCUCCUAAGUGCUUAUGUAAUCAGUCAAGAUUAUUCUCCUGCUCAUGGCCUUUUAGAUUCUAUUGUUUCCAUUUUGCUUGAUGGUGCUCUUAUGCAUGGAGAAAGUGGUGAACUGACUCCUGGAAAUGUAUGGCCUGGGUUGUAUCAUGAGGCUGAGAGUAUCAGUGAGCCCUUUCUAAGAGCGCUCAUAGCAUUACUCUCUACUCUUUUUCAAAAAAAUAUAUGGGGAAAGGUCAAAGCUGUGUCAUAUUUUAGGAUGCUUCGAGAGAAGCUCUUUAUUGGUGAAACAGUGAACUUAAAUUGUUUGAAUGUUCUUCCUGCAUGUAUGGAAGUUUUUAUAGCACCGCUGAGCAUUGCUUCUGAUGCAUCCCACAAAAGCGACCAGCCUGAUGAUUUCAUGGAAUGUGAGCUACAUGUUACUGUUGUGGACUGGCUCAGGAAAACUGCAUGCUUCCCUCCUCUAAAUACAUGGCAAAGUGGAAAAGAUAUGGAAGGUUGGUUUCAGCUAGUUUUAUCCUGUUAUCCUGUAAGUGCAGCAAAAGGAGUGAAUUGUAUAAAGAAACAAAGGAGUAUUGACUCUCUGGAGAGAGGUGUUCUUUUUGAAUUAUUUCGGAAGCAAAGACAAAAUUUUGGUGCAGCAACUUUGAUUAACAAACUGCCCAUGGUCCAAGUUUUAUUGUCAAAGCUUCUACUGGUUUCAGUUGCUUAUUGUUGGGAGGAUUUCAAUCAUGAUGAUUGGGAGUUUGUCUUGUAUCGCUUAAGAUGGUGGAUCGAAUCCACAGUUGUAAUGAUGGAAGAAGUUGCUGAAAGUGUGAAUGACGCUAUUACAAGCAGUUCAACUUGUAGUGAUUUGGAAGCUACUUUAAACAAGCUUAUGCUUACAGCUUCAAAUGUAGACCAUUCUGCUAUAAAUAUCGCAAGAAAUGCUCUUGCUGCAUUUUCUUUGUUUUGUGGCCAUCUUGGGAAUGAAAACAAUGAACUGGAAGAUAAUUUAAACCCAUUGAGGAAUGACAGAUGGGAGAUCAUGAAAGAUCGAAUUUAUGAGUGUAUUCUUCGUCUGUUUUUUUCUACUGGUGUUGCUGAGGCGAUAGAAGGCUCUUUCUGCGGUGAAUCUUCAUCUUUUAUAGCAGCAUCUAGGCUAGAGGAUUCGCAGUUCUGGGAGCUAGUUGCUUCAUCUGUUGCUGAGUCAUCAUCACACGCAAGAGACAAAGCCGCAAAAUCAGUUGAUAUGUGGGGACUAAGUAAAGGGCCCCUUGAUUCUUUAUAUGCUAUCCUCUUUUCUUCAAAACCCCUUCCUCAUCUGCAGUUUGCUGCCUAUACUCUUCUCUCUAGUGAACCUAUAUCACAUGUGGCUUUUAUAAGUGAAGAAUUUAAAACAUCAUUUGAUGAAGAUACUUCCAGUAAUCAGGGUUCUGUCCUUCCCGAUUUGGCUUCAGAACAGAAUUUCCGUUUGAGGGACGAAAUCAGUUUCAUGUUUGAAAGAUUCCCCCGUGAAGUCCUUGAUAUGGAUUUAUUGGCCUGUAAACAGGUAAAUCUAUUUGUUAUUUGGUCUUUGUUGCUAUCACAUCUAGCGUCUUUGCCGUCAUCAACAUCUGCAAGGGAGAAAAUGGUUCAGUACAUGCAAGAUACUGCUGAUUCAACAAUACUGGAUUGCAUUUUCCAACAUAUUCCAUUGGAAUCCUUGGCUGGGUCCAGCUUGAAAAGGAAAGAACUUCCACCUGCUGUGUCAAGGGCAGCAACAGCUGCUGCACAUGCCAUCACUACUGGUUCAGUAUUGCUUUCUGUAGAAAAUCUUUGGCCUCUUGAAGCAGAGAAAAUGACUUCAUUGGCUGGUGCAAUAUAUGGUCUAAUGCUCUGCAUGCUUCCAGCUUAUGUUCGAGAAUGGUUUAACAGUAUACGUGAUCGCUCUAGGUCAUCUAUGAUUGAAUCCUUCACAAUAAGAUGGUGCAGCCCUCUGCUGAUAAAAAAUGAGCUAAAUCAGAUCAAGAAAGCUGAUUUUGCUGAUGAGAAUUUCUCAGUUAGUGUGAGUAAAUCCGCCAAUGAGGUCGUGGCUACCUACACAAAGGAUGAAACAGGCAUGGAUCUAGUCAUUCGACUUCCUGCAUCUUAUCCGCUUCGAUCUGUGGAUGUAGAUUGUACUAGGAGCCUUGGCAUUAGUGACGUGAAGCAGAGAAAGUGGUUAAUGUCAAUGAUGUUAUUUGUUCGCAAUCAGAAUGGUGCCUUAGCCGAAUCAAUACGAAUAUGGAAAAGCAACUUUGACAAGGAAUUUGAAGGUGUGGAGGAGUGUCCCAUCUGUUACAGUGUCAUCCAUACUUCUAACCAUAGCCUUCCACGCCUAGCAUGCAAAACCUGCAAGCAUAAGUUCCACUCAGCCUGCCUCUACAAGUGGUUUUCGACUUCUCACAAGUCUACUUGCCCAUUAUGCCAGUCUCCUUUCUGAUCUCGUUGAGUUCAAGCACAAGACUGGUUACCAUGGAGCCUGCCUUGGAAGGGAUUUGCAACUUCUCAAAGAAGCUUUUUUGUCCAGUUUCUUUGAUCUUUGAUGCAUAAGGAAUUGGUUUUUGAUCUUGCACCCGUAGACUAGUUUAUUUGUAACCGAAAAAAAAAAAAAGAAUGGGCUUGAGGCAGGAUUUAGUAGACCUUGAAGAAAACCAAGCUGUGAGCUUCAUGAGUGGGUAAAUACUUUCAUUACCACGAAUGGUUUUCCUCACCUUGUCAGUGAAGUUCAGCGGAGAAAGAACACUGAUAUAUAUUUUGAGAUCCCUGAGUGGAGAAUAUUGAUAUAGAUUUUGAGAACCCUGUCUGGCUUUGUUGGAGACUCAGUAUACCUGGAGAUGUAGAAGCUUAGAUAUAGCUUUGUAGAGCAGAAUGUUCUGGAAUGAUAGUUUCUGGCAAUCCUAGAACUGGAAGCGAGGCACAUCUGGUUUAAAGUGACAAUACUGUAGCAAAAUUUGUCUCAAUCAGUUUUAUGUACAAUAGAGAUGGAUGAACAGCCCAAAGUUGUAGGAAGAACGUUCUGUGGAGGCUUUUUCUUUUUUUUUUUUUCUUCAAAGGUCUUGAAUUUGGGAUCUUUCACUAUACUCUCUUUUUCUGUACCAUCCAAUCCAUCCUUUCCCUCCAUCCUUCCCUUUACGCAUCGUGGAGUUUACAAUGAGUAUCUCUCAAUGGUUCUCCGAUCUAUUUGGUCUUCUGCAAUAGAAUGCACUUGAUGCGUUUUGCUUCUUGA